AUGACACUGCUGGAGCAUGUGUUUUUGUGGGGAGCUUGCAAUUUGGGAGCUGCCAGUGUGCUGGAACUUGCCGAGCAUUUUACGGCUGGAUGGGACAAUGAGAAGAUCCAAAACUGGCGGGCGAACAACAGAUGUGAAACGCCUAUGUGGAUGAAGCCGAGUUUGACAAGAGUCUUUUGA